ACACCCGCUGGAUACUAACCCUUUCCACGCCUUCCUCAUCCCAUCAAAGCAGUCUCCUCUCUCCUUCAGUACAGACACACACCGCCAGCUGACACGGAAUUUCCAUGGCGACAGCCUCUCUGUGUAUACACUUCACCCUUCUUCUUCUACUCUUGCCUCAUUUCCCAACGGCAACACUCGUCCCUCAGGAUGACCUUGUAAUCAAUACAAAGCAUGGGAAAGUUCAAGGGAAGUCGCUGUCAGUGCUUGGUGGUGAGGUUAGAGCAUUUCUUGGAAUUCCUUAUGGAAAACCACCUCUGGGUGAACUGAGAUUCAGACCUCCUGAGCCUGUGGGAAGAUGGGAUGGGCUAAAGGAUUCUACCAAUUUACCAAAAUCCUGUUACCAGGUGCCUGAUACAGUGUAUAAAGGAUUCAGAGGUUCAGAGAUGUGGAACCCAAACACUGAGCUGAGUGAGGACUGUCUGUAUUUAAACGUGUGGGCUCCACGGUUAAACAAAACCCAGAAUAAUAACUCGGGACCAGCUCCCGUCCUCGUCUGGAUCUAUGGAGGCGGGUUCAAUGGAGGAACAUCCUCUCUGGACAUAUAUGAUGGCCGCUUUCUUAGCAAAUCUGAAGGUGUGGUCGUGGUAUCAAUGAAUUACAGACUUGGAGCUUGGGGUUUCCUGUCUCUCCCUGACAACAAGAACAUCCGAGGAAAUGCGGGCUUGCUGGACCAGCGAUUGGCCCUCCAGUGGGUAGUCGAUAACAUUGCUGCAUUUGGAGGUGAUCCGUCAAAGGUGACUCUGUUUGGAGAGAGCGCUGGGUCAGCGUCAGUGGGCUUUCAGCUGCUCUCACCAGGCAGCCAAGGUCUAUUUCAGCGGGCUGUGAUGCAGAGUGGCUCUCCUAAUGCACCCUGGGCCACAAUCAGCCAGGAUGAGGCCUGGCAACGGUCUUUGAAGCUAGCUGCCUUGCUUGGGUGUCCCACAUCUAAUGGAGCUCAACUGGAAGCGUGUCUGCAGAAGGUUGAUGCUUGGAAAUUGACAUCAAAGACAUUUGAUGUUUUCACUAAGCCAUUACUUGUAGCUUUACCCUUUGUCCCUGUUGUGGAUGGGGACUUUCUACCGGAUACAGUUGAAGCGUUGCUGAGUUCUGGGAACCUCCGUAAGCAGGAGUUGUUGUUUGGCCUAAACAAGGAUGAGGGGACCUACUUCCUUAUGUAUGGUGUGCCUGGUUUUAGCCUCACAGGCGAGAGUCUUAUUACCAGAAAGGAUUUCCUGAAUGCAGUUGGCCUUGCGAUGUCAGAUUCAAGUGCUGUUGCAAGAGAAGCUGCAAUUUUCGAGUACACAGAUUGGAGUGAUGAGAAUAACAGAAUUAAAAAUCGGGACUUGCUGGGUAGUCUGGUUGGAGACCAAAUGUUCUGUUCUCACCUGGAGUUCGCUGAAAGGUACUCAAAGCGUGGCGGGAAGAGUUUCCUUUAUUCAUUUGACCACCUUUCAUCUGUCAAUCCCUGGCCAGAAUGGAUGGGUGUUAUGCACGGCUAUGAGAUAGAAUUUGUCUUUGGCAUGCCUUUGAAUGUGUCCCUGGGAUACACAAAGAACGAGGUGAACAUGACCAAGAAGUUCAUGAAACACUGGGCCAACUUUGCAAGGACAGGGAAUCCCGGCAUUGAUGGAGCUGUGUGGCCCAUGUUCAGCCCUGAACAGCAACAAUAUGUCACUCUGAACUACAACCACCCGGAACAAAAGAGGAUGAUGAGGGCUAAAGAGUGUCACCUUUGGAACAAACUGAUGCCAAGUAUACAGAAAGUCUCAGAUGAUCUGCUGUCCUGUGUCACAGCAAAUGGGAUUGUGCUCUGCUGUAACAACAUUUUCCUCAUUAUUCUACUGGCUAUGACUUUAAUCUGUCUUUAGACUGAAGAUACCUGCCUGGACUCAUACGCUGCCAUAGACAUUACAACAGUUUACAUCACAAAGCAGUAGACAGAAAGAAUGUUCAAUAACCCUUUAUUUUUGUUUGCUGAUAGUUGUAAGUUGUUUAUAGUCCGUUUUGAGUUUGAGGUAUAGUUGAAGAAACGCUUAACAUGGUAUUUACUUUGUACUUAUGCCCUUUGCUAAUGGACCAUUGGCAGAAAAAAAACUCAUGUUUGAUGCAACUAUUCCUCCAAUAACCAGUAACCAGAUGCUUUGCUUUGAUUGCAGUAAUAUUUGAGCUCUUCAGGAACAUGAUUUAAUCAUGAUAAAUGUUUAUGGUGUUUGUGAUACAAGAAGUGCUUUAAGUUUUUCAUCUGCAUGCGUUGCUACUGCAAGUGCUACUUUUUUUUUUCAUAAUUGUUAUUUUUUUCAAUUUGAAAGUAUUACGAUGACGUAUACAGGAAAUGCUGUUAGGUGCACUUGUCUGGUAUGAAUCAGGAGUUGGUUCUUCAACACAAUGCAAUCGACUCAGGGAAAAAAAAGAGAUAUAACAAGUGACUGACAUCAUGCAGAAAAUGAGGCUGAUGCAGAAAUGAUGUCUGUGUUUUAUGUUUUUUGUAAAUUAAUUCAUCUCAAAGACAAUCAAGAGAGUUUUGGAUUCGUAUCGGUGUAUUAUCUGCAGUAUUAAAAAAUAAAGACCAUGGAAAGAUCAAUAAACAAGGAUAUCUAUUCAAUAGUAGAUUCUACAUAUCAAUGAAGUUAAUUUGUUAUAUAUACACAAAUGUGCCUCCACAACCACAUGAUGGAAACCCCAACCUUUCUUUUGUUUUCAACAGGUUUGCAUUUGCUUCAUCAUAUGAUAUGAUAUGCAUUUUGCAUAUCAUCCAUUUUAUUGUAUUGCACCGCGGGACAGAGACAAACGCAAUUUCGAUUCCACUGUAUGUCUGGCAUAUUUUGAAAUUGACAAUAAAGUUGACUUUGACUUUGAUAUCAGGGAAGGAAUGAAGUUAUUUUUGUAUUUCCUGCACUCGUUAUAAUAUUGAUAGUAUUUUCAAUUAGACUCCUCCCGCAGGAAAAACACAUAUCUUUAUUUUCAUUUUCAAUGCGAGAGCCCAUGACAUGUGGUGUUAUGACCUGAUGUGUUUGACAACUUCUGUACAUCCUUACAGUUUCUCUGUUUAUUUGACUCAAUUCUUGAAUAAAAGUUCAAAUCAUCAAAACAUUA